UUGCCCUCAGGAGCUUCUGAGGGAAGAGCCUCUGGGUGGAAGCUGGCCAUACCCCUUCCUGUCCUAGGCAUUUGGUUUGUUGUUGUUGCUGCUGCAUGCUUGGUCUCAAGAGCUUCUGGGGAGGCCAGGCCCCUUCUUGCCUCUGGCUGCUGCUAGCUUGUUCUCAGAGCUUUUGGGGCCUGCUACCAGGCCUGCUGCCAAGUCGUGGUCAGGGACAGCCUGGAGAGAGAGCCUGCACUGCCUGUGGGCCCCUCCCCACCAUCACUGCUGGAGCCUAAAGGUGCCUUGCCUGCCCCAGCUGCCUUGGCAGGCAAACACCCACCUUCACCUCCACUUUCACGAGAAGCACAACCUGAGUGGAUGAACUGGACAGCUCCUACCAUCACUGCUGCUGUUGCUGCCAUCUGUUCUGCUGCUGUCCCUUCUCAGAAGAGAGGGAGAUUCCCUACUGCAUCACCUGACACCACACCUGCGCUGGCUUACUCUCUAAUUGACUGAUUGCGCCUGACCUCCACCACAGCUGCCUCACUACAUCUGAUCCUGCUUUGUUUUCCUGCCUGCUGUGCUACUGCUGAGUGACUGAAGGCCUGAGGGGCUCCUGGACUGACCUUCAACAAACAAAGCCCCUCCACCACUCCAGCCAUCUUUUACAUCUGCCUCAGCAGCCUUCCCUGUGUGUUCUUGCCCUUGUGUGGUAAAUCAUGGGGUCCACUUCCCCUGCCCUGGUGUUUGGUGCGUGCGUGUGUGUGUGUUCCCCCUCCCCCACAAUCCUCAAGCAUAGCCCUCCUGGCUUUUUUCUGUGGAAAUGUAGCUCAGCGAGCUUCAGCCCCCUUCUCCUUCCCCCAAAUCUCCCCCCCCCCCAUAACCUCAGCCUUCCUCUAUUAGAUUCAUCAGCCCCACUGUACAUUUUUAGUUCUCUUUCUUGUUUCCCCUACCCUGAUGUGAAGCAAUGGCAGGGCAGGAACCUUCACAGGGGGGAAGAUGUCCCCACAGAACUUCCUGCAGCCCCCACUAUGGGGGCAGAUCCCAGCCAGGCCCCCAAGGGGAUGCAUGCCCCUGCAGCUCCCACUCCGGAGGCAGAGUUCAAAUGACUUCCUCCAGGGAUAGAGAAGCCUGAGUUCUCUUCUUUGGGGGCAGGCAAGACUCCAGCAGGGAGCCAACAGGGCCAGGGGGGUCUACCUUGGCCAAGCCCUUCUUGGAGGGGUUCCCAAGCCCCCUUCCCCACCGUCAGGAACCAAGAACAAGGGCAGUGGGAAGGGUUCCCUUUCAUCCUUCUCCACAGCUGGGUGUGGGAAGGGCAAGGGCCCUACUCCCAAACCUAGACCACCAGCGCCUGAAGGGACCAGGUGUGCCAUACCAACCAGCACACUCACUCACCCUGUCCCUAGCCCUGGCCCCACCAAUGAAGCCUUCCAGUGGGGGAACCACAGCUAUGCACAGGUGGCUGUGGGGUGACCCACGGCUGUGGGGCCUGGAUUCUCCACCACCAUCCCUUCCAGCUUGGACAGCAGGGCCCCCUUUUUAGCACUCACCCAGAAGCACAGGGUGAAGUGUCAAAUGCCCAAGUGGGAGAACCUUCAUUUUGAGACCUAGGUGCAGGCUCUGGUUCAGGUAGUGGGGGCCCGCAAGACUGGUGGCUUCCCACUUUCAUGGCAUAGGGGUCUUUUUCCUUGCCUUGGAGGCCACCGCACAAAAGGCAGUGGAAAGGGGGCUCACGGUGGAGGGCGAGUACUUUCCCCUCGAGUCUCUAGAAGAGCUGGGGACCAAAGUGGUCCUCAGCUUUGAUAUCCCCAAUUGGGCCCUGCUCCCCCAUCCCCAAACACUAGGGAGAGUUAUCUCCCUGGUGGUGACCCUCUCACUGGGGUGCUGAGACCCCGGUCUCUGCCAGAUGUGCUUAUUAUGUCAUCAGGUCAUGAUCCAGCUGGUGGUGGGAGCAUAGCUGGAGGCUGAGGCCAGCGUAAUAAUUCCUUUUCAGGGAAUCCUAGUGAGGUUUUUCUAUAUGGUGAGGGACCUGCAGUGCUUCUGGUGCCAUGUCCUGGGACACUGACAGCAUGAGCGCCCCAUGGGCCAGACAGGGAGGGCAUGUGCAGGUCCCACUGGCAAGAGGGGUGCCCCUACCACCAGUGCCCCUACCCACUUGGGCCCUCCUGGCACCCCAGCUACAACUACCAGCCCUCCCAUGAGCUCAGGGGACCCCACCUCUCAACCAAGUUUGGUGGAGUCCCAGGGAUGGGACAGCAGCAGGGGGAGGAGAGGGAGUGGGAUGCCCCCAUGCCCCUAGGUGUGCCCCCAAUGUAACUGCCCUAACCCUCACCUUCUCCUACUGAAGCCUGUCUAUCUGAGGACCACCUUAUGACUGAGUGGAUGCAAGUCCACUCCAGGUGCAAAGCCAAGAGAAAGGCCCGGGCACAGCUGGAGCCCUCUGACAUGGAGGACUGCCCCCACCCUCCCAAGACCAUCACUGGGGAGAAGGAGCAGUUCAGCUUCUGGGGGCCUCCCCAGCUGCACCCAACACCCCAUCCCUGGGAAAGAUUAAAUGGGUUAUCCCAGGAGAGGAGGCUUUGGUGUUCCUGGACACUUCCAAACAGGAACCCAUGCAGGCAGCCCCUCACUCCCCUGACCAGGGUCUGCCCCCUGAGACUAUGGGUGCUGGGGCUGAAGCUGACCCAGAAGAAGGUCUGGCAGUAGAGCCCUCCCCUUCUGAUGAUCUGGGGGAGACAAGGGCCAUGGGGCUCACCACAGUGGGCUGUGAGGAGGAAGGUCCCCUUUCCCAGGACCCUGAGGCAGACACCAAAGCCACCCCAAUGCCUGAUGGGUCUUUUCCCUCCCCCUCUGUGAAAUACCUCACUUCCAGCCUGACCUAUGGUCCCACACCAGAGGGAGUUGGGAUUGGGUUCCCUGAUCAACAAGCCAAUCUUGUUGGGGACCCCACAGUGACCCCCUCCCCCCCCAGGACUCCAGAUAUACCUUCUGAAUGUGUACACCCCUGUGAGGGACUCAGAGUUGGUGGAUUUUUUCCACCAGGCAGAUGCCACUCCUCUGGCAUCCAGCUGACCCCUUUGAGUGAUCCUCACCUUGUCUGGACCCAGGCAAUGCUAGGGCCUGAGCAUCUGGGGUCAGCCUACUGGCAUUUCAAUGACAGUCCGAUGGAGGAUUCAGGCUACCAGGAGGCCUUCUGGGAGUUCUGGCUGGCCUGGAGGGAGCAACAGGCAGCUUUCCCCUCAGUUUGGAGAUGGUGGGAUGUGGAGAAGGUGUACAUCUGGCCUUUUUGUUGCAGCUACACUUGGUGGCACACCCAGAAGAGGAAGGAGGUCCAGGAGCACUGUGAGUGGGAAGUGCUAGAGCUGGAGAGAUGUGUGGCCACCAACCCAGCCAACCCAUGCCACUGUGAAGAGUGUUGGGAGCAAUGGGAAGAGCUUUGUGCUCUGCACCACCACCAUGGCCACAGUGCAUUUGUCUGCUCAUGCGUCCAGCUCCUUCAGAAGGACCGUGGCUCCCACUUCUAUACCCUGGAGAGGAGCAACAAGGCACCGGGCAUCAACAGGCUGACCACGAAGUUCUACCAGGCCUUCUGGGAUAUCCUUGGCCUGGAUUUUGCCGCAGUCUGGGCUGAAUCUGAGGGAAUACUCACCACAGGGAUCCUGAAGAACAGCAGCCGGGAGGAAUCACGGGCAGUGGCCCUGUGA